AUGACGCAUUCUCCUUGCUCCUCCAUCGUUUUUGCCCUCAUUUUUGGGCAACCACUCGUCCCAAUUCCAAUUCCAACUCCAAAUCCUCCCACCCGGUUUAGCCGUUUAGGGAUAGGGGAGCGCAAAACCCAAACCCCCUCAACACUCCGGCUCCGGCUCCGCUGCCACCGCCACGACGUCACCCCCAUCGCCAUGGUGAAGUCCAAGGCCAUCAGGGUCCAUGAGCUGGGCGGCCCCGAGGUGCUGCGAUGGGAGGAGGUGGAGGUCGGGGAGCCCGGGGAAGGGGAGAUCCGCAUCAGGACCACCGCCGUCGGCGUCAACUUCAUCGACAUCUACUUCCGAAAGGGGGUUUAUGCCGCGCGCACCAUGCCCUUCACCCCAGGAAUGGAAGCUGUUGGCGUCGUCACCGCUGUUGGGUCUGGCCUCACUGGCAGAAAGGUCGGUGAUGUUGUUGCAUAUGCUGGCAACCCCAUGGGCUCCUAUGCUCAGGAGCAGAUCCUUCCAGCGGCUGUCGCUGUUUCCGUUCCUCCUUCAGUUGAUCAUAAGCAAGCUGCCUCCGUGAUGCUCAAGGGCAUGACCGCCCAUGUUUUGCUUCGCCGGGUAUUCAAGGUUGAGAGUGGGCAUACUGUCCUGGUCCAUGCCGCUGCUGGCGGAGUUGGCUCACUCCUCUGUCAAUGGGCAAACGCGCUCGGUGCCACUGUCAUCGGGACUGUUUCCAAUCAAGACAAAGCUGCUCAGGCAGCUCAGGAUGGAUGCCACCAUCCCAUAAUUUACACUAGCGAAGAUGUCGUCGCAAGAGUCAAGGAGAUUACAUCAGGAAAAGGUGUCAACGUCGUCUAUGAUUCUGUUGGAAAGGAUACAUACAAGGCUUCCCUGGAGUGCUUGGCAUCCCGCGGCUUCCUGGUGUCCUUUGGGCAGUCGUCAGGUAAACCUGACCCAAUCCCAAUGAGCGACCUGGCUUCCAAGUCGUUGUUCCUUACUCGGCCUAGCCUCAUGCAUUACACUGCUACCCGUGAUGAGCUGCUGGAGUCAGCCGGGGAGGUGUUUGCCAAUGUCGCUAACGGGGUGCUGCGUGUUCGCGUGAACCAUAUCUAUCCGUUGUCGGAAGCUGCCCAAGCCCAUGCAGAUCUGGAGGGCAGGAAGACCUCAGGGUCCAUAGUGCUCAUCCCGGAUACAGUUAGCUAG